CAAAUCCCUGCCGGCUGAUCAGACGCAUUUUUUUGACAAAUAAAAAAUUAACUUUUUUCUCAACAAUCCAUUCACAUCUUAUCAAGCUGAUAGCUAACUAAUUACUCAAUUAUGGAGUCAGCAUCCCCUCCUGGCAUCAUCAUUCCAGCAAAGAAGCUGAAACUUUGGAAAGUUUUUAGCGACCUAGGCCCUGAAGGGGACAAGAUUUUGAAAACGGCGAAAUUGGCACAUACAUGCCCACGAAAGGGAAGGGUACGUCGUAACCGCGGACGACCAGACUUACUACUUCUUCCGUAAUGAUGGUGGUAGGGUGAAAAUUGUCACAAUUCCAAAAUUGUGCCGCGUCCGAGUGAAAGAAUUUAUAAUUGGAUUAUCAACCCUAGCCUUAACGGAGGAUGGGCAAAUCUAUUCGUGGUGCCGUAAGGUCACCGGUGUUCUUUCGUGUAUUGCGAGCGCAUUGAAGGGCCUCGAUACCGGGAGACAUCCAGAACCCUUCGAUUUUCCCUCCCCUGUAGCUGUAACGGGCAGUCUGACCGGUGAGAAAGUAGUGCAAGUGGCGUCAUCAGGAGGACGUCAUGUUCUGGCAGUAACUUUGGGGGGCGAUGUCCAUCAGUGGGAUUGGCCAAGGGAGCCAAGCUUGAUUGCAGGCGAGAAAUUUGGUGACCAGAAGGUUGUCUCCGUGGCGUGUAAUAAUUACCUGAACGUCGCCCUAACUGAGGAUGGAGAGGUAUUUGAAUGGGAAUGGGGAAGCGAGCCACAAAAAUCGGCUCUAAGUACCUCCUCACGAAUUAAGAAGAUAACGGCAAGCAAAAGUACCAUUUUCGCACUGACUGUUGAUGGAUCGAUGCAGCCGUUACCCGUUUCUGGGAACCCCACCACGGUUGUAGAAGAGUUGUCGUUUUCAGGCUACAAAAGCGUCAAAGAGGUCGCAACCUGUGUUACGGAGGAUGUCAGCGUUGUCGAAUUGAAUGCUAACACCUGCUUAGGUCGUUACGUGGGAAAUCGGGCCCCUUGGACAGUGCCAUUUUUUACAAAAUCUGCUUCCUUGGACGAGGCUUUUGCGCAAAUUUCUCAGACCAGCUACCGAACUAUGUGGGUCGCACGUGAACCUGAACCACGUAAAUUGUGUGAUGACAUUUCCAACCUGUGGACCACGAAGAAAAAUGCGGAUGUUACAUUUUCCGUGGAAGGGAAACUCAUCUCUGCGCACAAACUAAUUUUGACAAUGAGAAGUGAAUAUUUUGAAAAAAUGUUUAGCGGUGAAUGGGCCGAGACAGACGGAUCGAUUGUUGAUAUCAAGGAUACGAAUCACGACAUAUUCGAAGGGCUGAUCUUCUACAUUUACCAUGACAAGAUUCCAUUCGCGAAUUUUGACUAUGAAAACCUCUUUGGCCUGAUGAAAUUAGCUGAUUCCUAUUGUGACUUAACAAUUCGGCGAGAAUGUGAGGAAAUUCUGAUGGGAAGUGUCAACAAGGAGAAUGCUUUCUUCCUGCUUCGAAAUGCUGCUUCAGUCAACGCUCUGGAUUUGGAGGAGAAGGUCACAAAAGUUAUUCUGGACAGUCAAUUCUUCGGUGAAACUUUGUCUCCUGCCGAGUUGGUCGAUUUGUUGGGGAGAGAAGCGUUCGACAAAUUGGCGACGGCGGCAUUUUACCGGAAUUGAAGAGCUCAGCAACAAUUUUGCUUGCUACUUUUACAAUUUUAGAAAUACUAAGACAUGCAGCAAUGGAAAUGAUGUGUACUUUGUACUCGAAUGUCUAGGUUUAGUUUUUAUUGACAUUAUUAAUAAUUGACUGUAUGUUUUAGAAAAUGUAUGUAUACAUUUUGGGAAUACUCGAUCACUCUCAUUUCAUAGUCGAGUUAAUAAUUUAAUAUGAUCUGAUUUAUACUUAACUAGAUAUUAUUAAAAUUUACAACUUGGGAA